CGUCGGACUUUUAGGGGAAGGCACCUAUUAUUCUCUAGGAAUGCGUCGCCCCGGUUUGCUCCGUGCUCGCUAGAUGACUUGUCCGCGUGAAUUGUACAGCCGCCCUCAGAGUAUUUCGGAGCACGGAAAAUGAGAAUAAGUUAAAUUUUCUCGCGACUUCGCCACAGAGUGUGAAUGUAUGUUAGGGAUGCGAUGGUUGUACGGAGAAGUAUCAACUCUACCCUUCUUUUGAAGGACCUGUGCCUAUAGGCUGCAGCGAAAUUUAGAUUGUACUCGGAUCCCGUAUUCCGAAAACUUUUGAGGCAAGGGUCGGUUCAUUUUUUUUUUUGUUUUUACUGAUGCAAGCGCUUCAACCUGCUGGAACAUACAAUACUCCAGAUCCUUCAUAUUCUCCUCUCUUUCAAAUAAAGCGAAACGUGCACCCCGGCGUAGCGUCUUACGCACAUUUGCGUGUGCAGCGUGUCUCCUCGUUUUCACUGGUUUAUCUCAAUACCGCACCUACGCGAUGCUCUUGCCGAUACACGGACGCGUGUUCACGGCCUCGUGCGGAAGAUGCGGUCCCAAGCGGCGCGCAGCAUCCAUUCGCUCUGCUCCGGCUGCUCAUUGUCCACCGGCGUCCGCCGCCGCUGCCCUCCCUCCUCUUCCAUCGGGAAAGCGCGGCUCGAGGGGGCGCUAGCGCUGCCGCCGGCUCGCGUCGUUCCCUCAACGACGAGCGAGCGAACGAGCGUGCUCGUCGGCUACGCGGGCUGUGCGCCGUCGCCGCAGCGAGCUCGCGUGUGCGAAGCGAGGAGUGGAACGCACGCGGCCGUGCUCGCAGUGGCCCGCUUUCCUCUACGUGCCCGCAGCUUGGUCUCGCGGCUAUGCGGCAGCGGCGCGGCGUCAUUCUGCUGCGCCGCCGGCCUCGGAGGAAGAGACCGUCGUAGCGGCGGCCCGCCGCCACCUGCUCGGCUUCUGUGAGAAUACUGCGCCGCGUCCCUUCGUCGUCUGCUAGAGAGGUAGACGAGGGCGUUCUUGUCUUGCGUCGCCGUUAGCGCGUUCGGCUCCUGCAUCUUCGAGGGUCUCCGCCGGCGUGCAUGUUGUGCGCGUGUGGUUUGUAUUUCUUGUUGUCGUCGUUGUCGUCGGAGGGCGGCGAUGCCGUCGACGGUGCCGUGCGACACCGGUGGAGAAGUGGACGCCGCGGCGGGUGUGGCAUCGAGCCCAGCUGGCCAUCGCCAUCCGCCGCCGGCACCCAACGGUCAUGCCGCGGACUCGCCUCCGCAGCCUUCUGCGUCGACGCCGAACGGUACUUCGACCGCUGCGGCCGGCGGUGCGGUGUCCAGCGGUGCCGCGUUUCUGCCGUCGCCCCCUGCUGCGGUCAACGGCACCGCCGGCGUCAGCGGAAGUGCCGUGCUGUGGGACGCGGAUUCUAUGUGGAUUCUCAUGUACGACAACAUGCUGCGCGAGGGCACUCGGUCGUCGCCCACCAAGCGCUCGUGUGGAUGCAAAGCGCACAGAGGUGACGAUGAACUUGACAGGGCAGUGCAUUCCGACAUCAAUGAUGCGGAAGCGAGUUUAGGGAAGGCUUCAAAAAGGGCCAGCAGUGCACCUCCAAACCGGCGAGCAGUGUUGGCAACGCCCAUUAAGCCAUCACAGCAGCCCUCUACAGGCACAACACCAUCAACACUCACCCGAAAGCAUAGCUUGAAAGGUGCUCCUCCUGUUAAGGCCGCUGUAUCAGCCAAUGCAGGAGCUGUGGAUGAAGAGAUGUUCAUUAGAUCAUUUGAAGAAGUUCCAAAAACACAGCUCUACUCUGCAAAGGAGCUGGAACACGAACUUACCAAGGUCAGGCAGGUUCUGUCUGAUACAAAUACUGACUGGGAGAGGAGAGUGGACGUGCUGCGGCACCUUCGCAGCCUACUGAUAGCAGGUGCUGCUGAGUAUGAAGAGCUCUACACCAGCUUGAGGCUUCUGGAGCCUCCAUUCCAGGUUCUGGUUAAGGACUUAAGGUCACAAGUUGUCCGGGAAGCCUGCAUCACUAUAGCUUAUUUAUCCCAACAGUUGGGCCAUAAACUCGACCACUUCUCAGAAGCAGUACUUCCAGCGCUCAUCAACUUAAUCCCCAAUAGUGCCAAGAUUAUGUCUACGUCCGGCAUUGUCACAGUGCGGUUCAUCAUACAGCACACCCAUGUUAGUCGGCUGAUACCAGUGAUCACAAUGAACUUAAGUUCAAAGUCCAAGGACAUCAGAAGGUCCUGCUUUGAGUUCCUCGACCAGCUGUUGCACACGUGGCCUACACACACCCUGGAAAGGCACAUCGCUAUCCUGCAGGAAGCCAUCAAGAAGGGAAUCAGCGAUGCUGACCCGGAAGCCCGUGCCUUUUCACGCAAGGCCUUCUGGGGCUUUGCGGACCACUUCAAGGAGCAGGCAGAUGUGCUGCUCAACUCGCUGGACAGCAGCAAGCAGCGCAUGUUGCAGGGCGAGCUGUGCAUGAGCAACUCCUCAAGCAGCAACUCGCUGAACAAUGCGCAAGCCAGGCCCCUUAAGCACUCGGUGUCCAGUCAUGGAUCCAUGGAGAACCUCAGGCCCGGUAGCGGAAGUUCAACGUUGGGGCGGAGGUCUGGUGUGCCAGUAUACAACAACACCAGGAGUGCCUCCGUUCGAUCCAAUAGCGCCAUUGACUUGGGGGCAGCAAGAAGGGCACGAGCACGUGCUUUCACCACAGCACAAAACAGAGGCAUAGGAGCGUCGCUGCCUCGUCCAGGAACAAAACGAGCUGACACCGUGUCAAGCACGAUAGCAUCGCCGGAGCGAAUUAGUCGAAGUCGAACGAAGGGUGUUUCCCAGUCGCAGCCAAGCAGCAGGUCUGGCUCACCUACAUCACGGCUGAGCUACGCUACGUACUCGGCUACGCACACAGACGGCACAGGAAGGGUCCGCCGAAAAUCCGGCAUUCCCACACCAGUGGGCACAAGCCGUGAGGGAAGCCCUACACGGCCUACUGGAACAACCCCUGGGAUGACAGGGAUGUACGAGCGUCGUCUCAGUGGAGGUACAAGGCGGCCUUUUGUUGGUGCUGGGGAGCGGUAUCACCCAACUACCAUCACAACUGGCGCUCCAUUGAUGGCACAGCAGAUACUGCAACAGAGUAAAGAGGCAGAGGCUGCUGUGGCAGAUGCUUUGGAAUGUUGGAACACACCUCCAAGAAAGAACCGCUACAACGCCUUCGACGAUCAAUCGGAUGAGAGCGAAACGUCUAGUGUCUGCUCGGACCGCUCGUUCAGUUCCUACAACAGAGGUGGUUAUGAGGGCCACAUCCCACUACAAGAUGUGCCAAGCAUCUUGAAGCAUCUUUCCAGUAUCCACUGGUCAGACCGCAAAGAGGGCUUGCUGGGCCUGCUGUCAGUGCUGCGGUCGGGGCGCACCCUCUCUCUGCCUGACCUCAAGAAAGUCACCGACAUGUUCACCAAGAUGUUCAUGGACCCACACACCAAGGUGUUCACACUGUUCUUGGAAGCCUUGGGGGAGCUGAUCCAUGUCCAUAGUGCGGAUUUGCAUAGCUGGCUGUAUGUUCUGCUGACCCGUCUCUUCAUCAAGACGGGAACUGACCUUUUAAGUUCGCUGCAAACAAAGAUACAGAAGAUCCUCUCCAUAAUUCGAGAGUGCUUUCCCCAUGGCGAACAAUUUCAGGCAGUAGUGAGGUACAUCACUGAUCCAACACAGACUCCUAACAUCAAGGUCAAGAUCACAAUUCUGCGGUAUUUGAUGUCUCUGCUCCAAGCGAUGGACUCUGGGGACUUGCUGGUCAACACUCCCGAGACACACUCCAUGGUUGCCAAGAUCUUCUCCUGGAUACGUGAUCAGAAGAGUCCUGAACUUAAGAGGCAUGCCCAGGAAGUUAUUGUGUCCAUAUUCAAGCUAAGGCCAGCAGAAAUCAAUGGGUUACUCAGCAGACUUGACCCUGACAACCAGGCUCUUGCUAUGGGUCUGAUUCAGUCCUACAUGCGUGGUCGUACUGAUGACAGUGAGCUGCGAACACCUAGUCCUAUCACGGCACAUGUCCAUUCUCCCAUCAGCAGUACACCAAACAGGGGCAGCCGGAGCAGUGGGAGCCGAUCAAGCACGCCACUGCAGCGUUCACUGGAAGAAGAGGAGGACAACACUGAGAACCUGAACCCGGAUGAGCUGUACAGCUCGCUGCUGCGCCGCACCACGGCCCAGAUCCACCGACUGGCGUUGGACCCGGGCCGGGGAAUGGACCUGGUGGACUCUGGCGCAACCCCUUCCUCCCGAGGUGCCGAGCUGUUGCUGCCACCAUUGGGAGGGGGAAGCUUCAGGCAGCGGCUGGCACCCCAGAACUGGGAGGAGCCAUGCGCUUUCUCGCAGCAGCAGCGCCUGACCGGCAGCCGGGAGGCCUCGCCUGUCAAGCGCAUGGCGAGCUGGGAUUAUGAUGGUGAAACUGGUAUGCAUCGGAUCAGGCGGACAUCACUAGAUGGUGGUGUCGGCAAAAAUGAACAAGACACCCUCAACAACAUUUUUGCCAUACUUCAAAACCCCAACAGCAGGACGGAGCAUCGCAAGCAGGCCUUGUCGGAGCUCAUGCCCCUUACUAAGGAUGGCUCACCAGAGCUGUGGGAUGAGAACUUCAGGAACGUGUUACGGUGCCUUGUGGAGAAUCUCGAAGAACAAGUGGUGCCUGUAAAAGUGGCUGCUUUAAGAGCCUUGGCUGAAUUGUUGAAGAGGCAGCCGCAACAUUUCCACAAUUAUGCUGAGCUCACCUUGAUCAAGAUCUUCGGAACAUUCAAGCAACCUGAGAGAGAGGUGAGCCGUGCUGCUGAGCUGUGUUCUAUGGAGGCUGCUGCUGCGCUACCCCCCGAGCAAACAAUGCGGCUUCUGCACUCGCUCAUCGGGGAGUCAGAUGACCAAGACGUUGUCAUCGCUGCAAUCAAGGUCAUGUCCCGACUUGUGGAAGUGCAUCCAAAAAGGAUAAUUGUGGAGCUUCUGCCACAGAUGAUGCCUGUUUUGCUUAAGGCGUAUGAUCACAGCGAGAGUUCUGUACGGAAGGCGGCAGUAUUUUGUAUGGUGACGCUGCAUGGCGUGGUCGGCUCUGAAUUGAUGAAGCCACACUUGGCUUCCCUUACGGGAUGCAAGUUGAAGCUUCUCAACCUGUACAUCCAGAGGGCACAGGGCAACAGCAGUGGAAGCACACCUGGCUCCCCUUCCAAUACAGCAUCUUCCUCCAGUAAUCCCUAAAGUGGGGAUGGCCCAAGCAGCAUCUCACAAGCCAUGCUUCCCUUUGGGCUGCCACAAUUGCUUCGCUGCUGCUUUGCAAAUAACUGUGGCCCCAUGCUGAGCUUUAGUUAUUGCAGCAGCUCAAACAGGAACUUGGUUUUUAUGUGCCGUGUGCUUCCUUCUUCUUUUUUUUUUCUUUGAGUGUGUGACUACAGCACAUUUAGCUGUAAAGUACAUGUCUUCAGGUUUCCAUUACAAUAGCUGUGAGAGAGAGCAGUGCUCCACUUUUAUGUGAACAAGUUGGUUGCUUUCAGGGACUUCCAUUUUGUUUUUUUCUUGAUGUAUUUACACAUGUGUACACAACAUGUACUUCAAUGUCUCAUUAUUUUUGCCAAGAGUUGACUAGCCCUCAGCAGGGCAGAUUAGUUGCACCAGCAAGUUGCUGCGGUGCAAGACUUGGCAACUGAGGGCAAAGCGUGCUCCCAACUUAUGAAUUUUGCCGCGACACUCAUGCUCGUGCACGAACUGUGGUUCAGGCCAGUUACACUUAACAUUCACCCACAUUGAGCCACGUAAGCAAGCAAGAGCAUGACUGCUUCACCAGUGCUACACCUACUUUUGUCCCAUUAGGCAAGUUUUUGUAAUAUUGGACUGUGUCAUGCGAGACUGCCACAAUGCAGGGACAGUCUUCAGAUAAUGUUGUGUUCAUGCGGAUCACGUUACUAGUAGCCCAGUGUGCUGGGCCUAAUUCUCGUCUAGCAAAACUUUUCAUGUAACAUGCAACGUUGGUAGCACAACUGCUGCGUCUUCUCUUCUUUGAUUGCCUUUUCAUGGUAGCUCUACAGGGGAACUCUGUGGCCACUGCUGCGUAGUGUCCUACUAGUUUUGUGCCAGUAAACUAGGUGCCUAGUGCUUGUGGCCGAGUGCUGAUGCUGGUACCAUACAUUCAAUCUACAGGAUGUCCCAUGCAACAUUGACUUUGCUUUAUGUUUGCUUGCUUUCAUUUUGCUGUAAUCAGAGCAUGAAAUUUCAUGCCGAUGGCAUGCCUCAACGUUUACGACAACUCGCAAUGUUCUGUGAAAAAGACUCGGUGAUCAGUUAUAAGUUAACCCCCUCCCCACCAUCUCACCUCCCCUUCUUUGCCUGGAAGGCGUAACUUUACUUGCUGGGGCUUCAACAUGAAAGUGUAUGCUUUCCUACAGGUAGAGUUCUUUAAAGCUUUGUUCAUGUUAUAUGGGACACCCUGUAUAUAUAUAUAUAUAUAUAUGUACACAGGUGGAGUAAGUGUGAUGCAAUUAGAAAAGCUGAGCCAUCUAACAUGCUGCUUUUUCGUGUUGAAAUAGAAACAUUGCCAAAACUCUCAUGGCUUUCGAAGCUGCUGCUGCUUUGAUCAUUGUAUGUUAGUCUUUUUUUUUUCUCCCUUGUUGCUGCCUGCUGCCAAUGGAAUGUGAGGCAGGUGAAAGAGUGAUGCCAUUUUUUGGUGGCCCAUGCGUGUGAUUGUGCAGAGUGUUUUCUACAACAUGAUUUAGGUUGUGGCAUCUUGCCAGGCUGCCAUACAAUGUAGUGCCGUAGUCCUUUACCUUCUUUUUGUACUUCUUUUUAUGUGUUGAGUGCUCGAAGAUGCCGUAUUAGAAAAAGAGAAAAAGAUGGCUGUCACAAAUCAAGGGCGCUGCUUUAGCCUGCAUUCAGUAAGGUUGCAUCUGUGUAAGAGGAAAUAACAUUUGUAAUUGAUGAGAAUUGCUGCUGGCAGUUGAAGGCAUUCAUCUUGUGUAACUUGCACAAUGCUGCUUAAUGAAUUUUUGUAGCUGCUCGAGUGGACUAUUUAUAUUUGUAGUGCCAGUACUUUUCUGUUGCUUGCUUUGUCAUUUUUGUUUAGAGAGGAUCAAAAAAGAAAAACCUUUCAUUUGCAAAGGUAUUACUUGUAUAGUGUACAUUCCCAUGCAAGUCCAUGCUUCUUUUCUUUUUUUUCUACACAGUGAUUAACACUUCACUGUUUGUAACACUUUGAAAGGCAUGUCCUAACAUCUGUUCCCCCCAUUAAGACCUUUGUGCUUUUAAGAUUUUAUUCUGAAAUGACAAGUCAGGAAUAAACAUUUUUACUGUCUUGA